GUUGCCUUGGCGAUGAAGGCCGCUUCCUCUAGAGAAAAUGUGGCAGCGUCGUCCACAGGAUUGACCUCCUGGGCGUUGACCACCCCUGGGGUGACGCCAGCAGACAGCACUUCUGACUCUGAGGAGAAUGAAAGGAUUCUGUCUCCAGAUAUACUCUCCUCUGACCAGAUCAUUGACCUGCUGGGAGAAGAGAACGUAAAUGGAAUUCAAGAAAAACUGGGAGUGUUUAUGAACUUUAAAAAUCUCCAGACUUGCCUACGCGACGCCAUCCUCUUGGACUACUAUGUUUCUGGCUUCUGUUGGGCCAAGGAAAUGAACUUUUCUGUCGAGCAGUAUUCCAAGUUUAUGACUUUGCUGGACAUGCUACUACAUAAUCUUCAAACACUACACAUGUCCUUAGAGGACAGCAUUAAGUGGCUCGGGGAAGUGAUGGCAGAAAUCGGACCAAACCACUCGCGGAGGAAUGAGGAGUUCCACAUCUUCGAUGUCAAGGAAGCCAACGCCAUCAUCGAUUACUUAAAAAUCAGCUUAUUCCAGCACUACAGGCUCUACGAGUUUCUGUUCUACUCCACCAGGGAAGAAAUUGUCAUCGGGACGGAGCAAACCAUAGAGGUUGUCAAGCCUGCAGACUAUCCCUUCCCAGCCCCCCUGGAAGAAGGUAUCUCAUUGGACACGUAUUCAGCCUUCUUAGAGCCGUUGCCAACGCCUGACAUGGAACAGAAGGUGCUGGAUCAAGAGCAAGGGACCCAGGAAGCCCUGCUGGAGAGCGAAAAGGGAGAGGAGGAUCCCUUAGGUGGCUUCACCAUUGAUGACGUAAAAUUAGCCCUGGAGCGAGUGACGGAUGAAGUUUUGAUUAGCAUGCAGAAAGAGAUAAACGAAAAACUCCAAGUACAGGAAGAGGCCUUUAACGCGCGAAUAGAGAAACUGAAGAAAGCCUGAGAACGCAGUACAAGCAAAGCGAUGCUGAACUUCAGAGAAACAAACAAAACCGGCCAGUACAAUAGUGUCUCUAGAGCGCUGUGUCACUUCCGUGCAGCCAGGAAAGGAAAACCCACUUCCGGUUAUCCGGAAUGAGUAGCAGCGUGUUGUCCCGCCCCUCCCAUUUCACACCCACCUCUGAGUUUAUAGUGCAAGAGCAUUAUUGCUUCGUGUGUAUGAUUUUGGAGAGUUAUAUACGAAAAUACAAUUACUGUUAGGAUGGUGUUUUGACUAAUAAAUACAAUUCCUCUUCCA